AUGGCCGAAAUUCGGCCGAAAUCCAUUUUUUACGGCCGAAAUUCAAAACCCUGGAAGCCAUGGGCUCUGAAGAACGCCAGUAUGAGUGGCAUGGUCACCUCUUCCUCCCCAUCCGUGCGAAAGGAACAAGGUCUGGUUGCACUUUUGUGUAGAUGCUGCAUUUUCGGUCAUGAAUAUGAUUUUUCUGAAACUAGAAGACAAGAAGCAGCAGCCGAAGAGGGGGACAUUCCGCUAGAAGAAUUUGUACAAGAAGCAAGCAGGUGCGUACCGCUGUUAGAGUUAGCAAGUGAUCAAGAGAAAGCAGAAAAACUAGAUUCAAACUUCUGGAACAUGUGUGUCAACAGGCUACUGGUAGACAUAUCAACUCCAUACUCUAGUCGGAUUAAAAUCCUACAACUUCUAAUGGCCCUUGAUUACCAACAUGCAGAUAGUUUGUUGGGAAAGGUGCUCAAUCAGUCAUUUGGGCUCCUAUACACAAAAGUGGCGACUAUACUAAGCGGCAUUGGCUGCUGUUUGCAUCUCUUGCUUCCAUUCCUGACCUUAGCUUCUGCCAUCCUCUUCUCCACAAGCCACAAAUAUCAUGACUACAAGGCAACAGAUGUCAAGAUAACUUACAUCUUGUUCUUUUGUACCAUGUUGCUGGAUCUCCUAGUGCUCUUGCUCGGUUUUUUUAUCAUGUUUUUUGGAUUUGUCAAGGUUCCCCAAUAUAGCUUCUUGUCGUUCUGUGCUCGUAAGAGGAGGCCCACUAUUUUGAUGAAGCUUGCCACACUUGUCUGCUGCAAGGACUAUGUUAACAUGCAUUGUUAUAUACAACACGCACCAGCAGGAUCCUCCAUCCCAAUUACGAAGUUGAUUCUUGGAUAUGUCAGGAAUGGGUGGACAGGAUACAUCCACGAUGCUGCCAGCUACACGAGGUUCAACAGCCACAGAGGCCAAUGGACACUGAACAAGCAUAGUCUGGGUCGCGACAAUCGGCUGGGGUGGAGCUUGAAGAUGGCGUUCGAUAGAAGCAUCCUUCUCUGGCACAUCGCCACUGACCUCUGCUUUCACCACCAAAACACAACCCCUCAUGGCCAAGAGUGCGCCGCUGCAAGCAGAGUGAUAUCCAACUACAUGGCUUACCUGCUCUACAUCCGUCCUGAGAUGCUGAUGCUCGGGACCAGGAACGGUAUCUUCACUGUUGCCUGUGAUGAUGCUGAGCUCAUCAUGGGCGGCAGGCUAGCACUGGACGUAAGUGGACUUGUGCAGAUAAUUCUUCACAGGGCGCAACAACCUCGCGCGUUAAACACCACCAAGAUAGGAGCUUUGGUUCCCAAUGCAUGCAGGCUUGCUGAAGCAUUGAUGGAGUUGCACGACGAAGGGGAGAGGUGGGAGGUUGUCCAGGGGAUAUGGGUGGAGAUGCUAUGCUACUCUGCCAGUAGGUGCAGGGGGUACUUGCACGCUAAGAACAUGAAUGAAGGUCCGGAGCUGCUCUCUAAAGUCUGGAUCCUCUUAUCACUCAUGGGGAUGGAGACACCGGCUGACAGGUAUCAAAAGCUAGGGCCUCCCAAAGCCAUGGAAGAAGAAGAAGAAGAAGAAGAAGAAGAAGAAGAAGAAGAAGAAGGCGACCAUGAAGUUGAAGGCUUAGUUGUUGAUUGUUGA